CAAUCGCGCAAUGUGGCUCAGCAGGUGUUUGGCUCAUCAUCUAAUCGCCACGCCACAAUGACGCACACUGUAUUGAAAGUCGCACUCACACGGAGCGCCGCGGGCCAUCAGCCCAUCAUUGCGGGAUCACAGCUUACUCUGCCACAAUCUCUGGAUAUCCCAGCCCACCGUUUCUUCUGCACACUAGGUCGAAAUACCAUCCUAGUAUUAGCACUACCAUCCACGUAACAUGGCAGAAUUCGCACCUCCGCCGGGCCCUCCCCCGCCACAUGUGCCUGAAGGCUGGAAGGCCGUCUGGAACGCACAGUACAACGAGUGGUUCUACGUAAACACUUAUACGAAGCAGUCGCAAUGGGAGAAGCCAACGCAGCCCGUCUACCCUCCUGGUGAAGCGCCAUCUCCAGGCGCACCUCCCAACUAUGUCUCACCUUCAGCUGGUGGGGCAGUAGGCGGCUUCCCGACUGGCGGGAGCGAGAAGGGAAGCUUGGGUAGUAACAACCCGUAUGCCAACAUCAGUGAAGAUGAGAAACUCGCAAGAAAACUUCAACAAGAGGAAGAAGCGCGCGCACGAGGUGCCUCGAAUGACUACUACAACCAAUCCAACCAGUCGCAUCCACAACAAUACGGCGGCUAUGGCCAGCCAAGUCCAAAUCCGUACCAACAAGGGCAAUACCAAGAUGCAGCCGUACAGGACAAGGGCGGUAAGAGCAAAGGCUUCCUAGGCAAGAUCCUUGGGAAGGCUUCUGGCUCGUCACACUCACCGUCGCCUGGUUACUCACAGCAACACCAUGGAUAUGGCCAGCCAAGCUACGGCCAGCCUGUUGGAGGAGGUUACUAUGGUGGAGGAGGCUACGGACGGCCGAUGGGUGGUGGAAUGAUGCCUAUGGGCGGUGGCGGCAGGCGCCCUGGAGGAGGGCCGGGUAUGGGGGCCAUGGCUCUUGGAGCGGGAGGUGGUCUGCUCGCUGGUGGUCUCAUAGGCUCAGCAAUGGCGGGAGACGAUGGCGAUACGUAUGUUCAGAACAACUACGGCGAUGAUAUGGGCGGAGACGAUGGGGGAGAUAUGGGCGAUAUGGGCGACAUGGGUGGGGAUUUUUAAACCCCGUUGCAAGAAGUCUACCUUCUCAUUCCCUUGUGCGUCUCUUAGAUACUCCAACUAGUUAAUCUUAUUAGUAUAAUUCUUUCGUAAUCGAAUUUGAACCUAACUAAUAGGGCACUUUGCAGCCUAUUGCGAGAGGAA